CGAGGAACGGUUCGGUGCCGGGGCGGGGCUGCCCCCAGCCCAGGUCUCUCUCUGCCCCGGAGGAGCGGUGGGCUCUGGGGGCCAAGGGCUGGGCACUGCGGCUGUGAAGCCCUCUAGAGCAGCGCAGGGGGCGGUGCGGGGCAGAGCCCGCCCCGGAGAAACCCGCCCUGAGCCAGGCCCCCCUGGGAGCGCUCCUGGGGCCCCUCCGGCGCUGUGAGGCGGGGGCCCGGCAAGGCGUUAGCCCAGCCCUGCCUCUGGCCCGCGGCGCGCUCACCGCAGACCAGCCUUGGGCGGCUGCUACCUAGAGACUGGAGGGAGCAGGGGGAGGGAAGCAGCCGCCGCCGGCCCGCUGUUCUCGGGAAGGCAGAGCCUCCCCUCAUUGGGGCUGCAGCCUGCGUGCGAGCCCGCCUGCACAGCGCAGCGCCCGGGCAGGAGCGGAGCCCGCUGCAGCGCGCCGCCCCUCUCCUCCUCGCCGCAUUCUCGCCAGCAGCUCCCCCGCAUCCCGGCCAGAUGAUGAACUUUCUGCGGCGCAGGCUCUCGGACAGCAGCUUCAUCGCCAACCUGCCCAAUGGCUACAUGACCGACCUGCAGCGGCCAGAGCCCCAGCAGCCGCCGCCGCCGCCUCCCUCUGCCUCCUCGGCGGCUCCCGCCGCCGCCUCCCCGGCCUUGGAGCGCAGGCAGCCGCCGCAGUCGGCACCACCCCAGCAGCAGCCGCAGCAGUCGGCGGGCAGCAGCUUCUUCAGCUCCCUCUCUAACGCCGUGAAGCAGACGGCAGCCUCGGCCGGCUUGGUGGACGCGGCGUCCGCCGCUUCCUCAGCUGCGGCCAAAAAGUUCAAGCUGCUGCUGGUCAUCGAUGAGCCGCAUACGGACUGGGUCAAGUGCUUUCGUGGGAAAAAGGUCCAUGGGGAAUAUGACAUCAAAGUUGAACAGGCACAAUUUUCAGAGAUCAACUUGAUAGCCCAUGCUGAGGGCAGUUAUGCCGUAGACAUCCAAGCAUUCCGUAAUGGCACCAAAGUUGUCAGGUCAUUCAGACCUGAUUUUGUUCUUGUUCGACAACAUUCAUUCAGUAUGGCUGAGAACGAAGACUUCCGUAACUUAAUCAUUGGAAUGCAUUAUGCUGGUGUCCCCAGUGUCAACUCCCUAGAGUCAAUCUAUAAUUUUUGCGACAAACCUUGGGUGUUUGCCCAGCUGGUGUCCAUCUCCAAAACUCUGGGUGUGGAGAAGUUCCCUCUAAUUGAACAAACAUUCUACCCAAAUCACAAGGAAAUGCUGCUAGGAAAAGAAAAAUGCUGUAAACAGAUCAGUGUAUCCAUGGCAAUGUGCAGUUCAGCUUCUGAUAUUUCAACACAACAGUUAACACUGCCAACGUUUCCUGUUGUCGUGAAGAUUGGACAUGCUCAUUCAGGCAUGGGAAAGGUUAAGGUAGACAACCACUACGAUUUUCAGGACAUAGCCAGUGUGGUAGCACUUACCCAAACCUACGCCACCACUGAACCCUUCAUAGACUCCAAAUACGACAUCAGGAUCCAAAAGAUAGGCAGUAACUACAAAGCAUACAUGAGGACUUCCAUAUCUGGAAACUGGAAGACAAACACUGGCUCUGCAAUGUUGGAACAAAUCGCUAUGUCAGAUAGGUACAAGCUCUGGGUUGACACCUGUUCUGAAAUGUUUGGGGGUUUGGAUAUCUGUGCUGUCAAAGCUGUACAUGGCAAGGAUGGAAAGGAUUAUAUUUUUGAGGUUAUGGACUGUGCAAUGCCUUUGAUUGGUGAACAUCAGGUUGAAGAUAGGCAACUUAUAACUGAUCUUGUUGUAAGCAAAAUGAACCAAAUGUUGUCCAAAACACCUGUACCAUCUCCUCAGAGACCCACUGCCACUCAACAGCCUCAGAGUGGAUCACUUAAGGAACCAGAGCCAAACAAAAUCCCACCUCAGCGACCACCACCUCAAGGGGGCCCAGUACAACCCCAAGGAACGCAAUCACAAAGCCAGGAGCCAUUGCAACCACAGCGCAUGUUCCCCCUGGGGCAGUCAGCAAAGCCCUCAACUUCCCAGCCACAACGUCCACCUGGCCCUACAACUCAACAACCACGUGCGCGGGGUCAAGGUAUUUCCAGCGCCGGGUUAUCAGUGGAAGUGGAGCCAGAGCCACAACCUGCUCCACAGCAGAAACCUCAGUCUCAUCCACAGCUUAACAAAUCACAGUCUUUGACAAAUGCCUUCAGUUUCACAGAAUCAUCCUUCUUUCGAUCAUCUGUGAACGAGGAUGAAGCAAAAGCUGAAACCAUCCGAAACUUGAGGAAGUCCUUUGCUAGCCUUUUUUCUGAUUAGCCAUUUGAAGAUCAGUUUCAUGCAGUUGCAUAUGGCUUAUAGACUAGAACCUACAGUGAAUAUUAUUUAGUGUUUAUAUCCCUGUGACCCAUCCUCCAUUACUGUUCCAAGCAAUAUGUUAAUCUUUAAAAAGGUCUAUGAUGAGAUAUAAUUCAGGUACACUGUAUAAAAAUCUAUAUAAUAUGAGAGGAAAAGCUAUAUUAGUAGUAGUACAAAAUGCUUCAUUUUAUGGUCCUUGUCAAUUGUAACAUUGUGGCCUUACUAUGACUGCACUAUAUUAUCCUAUUGGAUACUCCUCUGUGGAAUUGUUGUCAUAAAGCAUUGUGUUAUGGGUUUCCCCUUGUUUUUCCCAUCUCCAGUGCUUUGCAAUGCAUGUUUAUGUUAUGAGUGAAUGUUUUGUGCUGCAAGGAUACAGUCUUAACCUGACUUGUUCUUGCCUCAGAUUGUUAUGAGGCAAUUCGCAUUAGUGUUUCUUGUUGUCAAGCCACUUUACUGUUGUGAAAAAUUAAAGCAGUUUUCUUCCUCCUUUGACAACCUUUCCGUCAACCAACUAUAGAGUUCUGAUAUAUUUGCUGAGCAUUAUCACUAGGCUAAAACAGUGAUGUCAUAAAUAGAGUAUGUGUAUGCACUAUUGUAUCCUUAUAUGUCUGCUGAACAUUUAUUUCCUAUUGUUAAUUUAAUAGUGAUCUCUGAGUUGUAAAGUAACAUGCAUGACCUAAUAAUGUUACCAAUAUUUUUUGUGUACCCCUUCUAAUAAAUGCAAAGUCCUGUGCUUGGUAAAGAGAAGCUUUGAAGAAGACUGAUUUCAACAAUUAGGUGUACCGUGUUUUGACUUUGGUUGUCCAUCUGUGUUUGUAAAAUAUUUGGACACCUAGGUCAUUGCCAUCAGAAACUAACAUGCCACAUUAUCAGUUAACCAUGAACCAAGAGAAACGUAAUGUGGUAAAUUUACAACUCACAGGAAUGGAGCUUAGUUUUUCUAAGAGAUUAUACAUAUUGAAAAUAUUGCUCUGACUUGCUAUAACAGAAGUGGUCCUACAUAUUGGGAUCACAGCAGCAUUUUUAAAUGUUCAAGUCAAUCUGAAGCAGAUUAAAGCAUGUCUAAAUGAGCACUAGUCCAAGUUAACACUGUGCUCCUCUCUAAAACAAGUUACAUACAACAGAGUGUUCCUUGGCAGGGAAAAUUUGUGUUUCCUUUCCCUUGUUUGUCCUGAUGUCAUGUUAACACUUAAGAAGGGAAAUAAGUGGCAGAUGGUUUCCUUUUUUUUUCCAGAAAAAAAGGUAUUUGCUUCCAGAUCCUCAAGCUCCUAUUUUUUCACGCUCAUAUAAAAUUAGGCUUACUACCACAUGGGUUAGAAUCAGCAAAAAGAUUCAGACAGAUUUAGAUAUGCCUGGCCAAAGGUAUAUCCCAUCCCCAGCAUAGCCCCACUUACUCCAGUUACAUCACGGAAGGAGGUGGCUCACCAUGCACAUAUUUAGGGAACUGAAGUUAUAAAGUUAUCACAAGGUAUAUAUAUAUAAAAGUAAAGUAACAACAGAUCCUAUCUAGCUCCUUGCUUACUUGUGACCUGGGAGAGUAGAAGAAGAAGAACGAACCACUGCAGUGGUAGUUUGAUUAGUCUGAGUAAACUGUGUGUUAUACUCAGAGCUCUCUGCAGCUGCGUUGGCCAAAAACUGACUGGUAAGAUGCUCUAUACUUCUUUAGCAAAGAUUAUUAGUUACCACACUUACUCUGUGUGUAUACCAGCAUCUUCCUAAAUGAUUUACAUUUGGCCUCUUAGUGUCAUUGGCAAUUAAAUUAUUAAUGAAAAGAAGGGUUCCUUAAAAAUUAUAGAUCUGAGGAGUGUUCUAACAUCUACUAUUGAAUGUACACAGAAAGCAAUAAAUACGGGAUUUUUAGAGGGUUGUUUUGUUUUUUUAAAGCUCCACAUCACCCUCAAAUGAGGGUGGUAGCUAGAAUCUACUUAAAUAGAUUUGUUCUAGACUUCAAUUAGUAUUACCCAGUGAUGUGGGUUCACAUCAGAUUGGCUCUCACUUCUGUUCUAGACUUAGAAAAAAACAUAAUAAAAGUGUGAAUUUAAAAACAGAAAAAAAACAUAUAUGCAUCAGCUACAUCCUCCAGAUGCCAAAACUUAACAGGUGCAGCUUGAGGGACCAUUGUCCCUCAAGCUGCUUUCAUACAGCUGAGGGACCUUUGUCAGGCUAAAGUCAGGUAGGCAGCGGGUGAAGAAAAUGGAAAAGUGUCUGCUAACCUGCAGAGAAAGAAUAGUAAAAAGACUUAAAAAUAUAUAAUCAAGAUUUAAACCUAUUAUUUGUCCAGUACCCGAAAUGUGACAGGCACUUACACAAAUAAAAUAGACAAAGUUCACAUUCUUGUGCAUCCUUCCUUGAAAUACAAUUCAUUUUUCUAAAGAAAAUGGAGUAUAAUAUCAGCCCAAGAAGAUAUAAGCUGUUUUGUUCAUUAUUUGUAUUAUGAUACCAUGUAAAGGCCCUGUCAUAAAUAUAAAGGGAAGGGUAAACCCCUUUAAAAUCCCUCCUGGCCAGAGGAAAAAUUCUCUCACCUCUAAAGGGUUAAGAAGCUAAAGGUAACCUCGCUGGCACCUGACCAAAAUGACCAAUGAGGAGACAAGAUACUUUCAAAAGCUGGGAGGAGGGAGAGAAACAAAGGGUCUCUCUCUGUUGGCAUGCUGCUUUUGUCAGGGAUAGAACAGGAAUGGAGUCUUAGAACUUUUAGUAAGUAGUCUAGCUAGGUAUGCGUUAGAUUAUGAUUCCUUUAAAUGGCUGAGAAAAGAAUUGUGCUGAAUAGAGUGACUAUUUCUGUCUGUGUGUCUUUUUUGUAACUUAAGGUUUUGCCUAGAGGGGUUCUCUAUGUUUUGAAUCUAAUUACCCUGUAAGGUACCUACCAUCCUGAUUUUACAGGGGUGAUUCCUUUACUCCUAUUUACUUCUAGUUCUAUUAAAAGUCUUCUUGUAAGAAAA